AUGAACCUUUCUCGAUUUUUGACUUUUGGCAUUUCUCCUUUCUUUGGAGUAUUAUUUGCUGGCCGAGACUUGGCCAGAGGAUGGGGUGACAACAUAACAUGGCUGCAAUUGCAGGACGCGUUGCAAGAAGCACAGAUAGUCCAGAAACCAAUGAUGGUCAUCGUACAUAAAGAAAGCUGUCCGGUCUGUGCUCGAGUAAAGCCACUCUUCGCGUCCCAUCCUGGUAUCAACAAAUUAAGCCAGCAUUUUGUGAUGGUCAACCUGGAGCCCGAUGAAGUCCCUCGCACGCCAGAGUUUGAGCCUGAUGGCGCUUAUGUUCCCAGAAUCUUAUUUUUCAGCCACGAUGGAAGAAUUUUUAGAAACAUCAUUGGCAAAGAACCCAGAAAUAAGUACUUCUACGACGAUAUGCGUCUUUUGGAGAACAAUAUGAAAAGGGUGUUGAGGCAGUAUAGAGAAGUUCAACAUCCAUCUGAUGCUGCUCAAUAG